AUGGUGCUCUACGUCAUUGGCCUCGGGCUCGGCGAUGAGACAGACAUCACGGUGCGCGGCCUCAACGCGAUCAAGACGUGUGACAAGGUCUUCCUCGAGAACUACACGUCGAUCCUCGGCAUCGACCACAAGCUCUUGACCGAGUACUAUGGCCGCGAAGUCAUCUUGGCCGACCGCGAGUGCGUCGAGUCCGGCGCCGAAGUCAUCUACGAGCAGGCCAAGGACAAGAACAUUGCGUUCCUCGUCGUCGGCGAUCCGUUCUGCGCGACGACGCACACGGAUUUGAUCUUGCGCGCCCAAGAAAUCGGUGCGCGCGUUGAAGUCAUCCACAACGCGUCUGUCAUGGGCGCUGCCGGCGCCUGCGGCCUCCAGCUCUACCACUAUGGCCAAACCGUCUCGAUUCCGUUCUUCACCGAAGGCUGGCGCCCCGAUAGCUUCUACGACAAAGUCGCUUUCAACCGCAAGGGCGGUUUGCACACGCUCUGCCUCCUUG